AUGACAAUUUUAGACAAGAAGAUGACAGCCGACGAGAGAUUCUCCAAUGGCACCCAUCAUGGCACGACGAAUUUCGACGAAAUCACCAUCCAGUCCUAUCAGGUGCAUGACCUUCGCUUCCCGACGAGUCUCACCUUGGCAGGCUCGGACGCAAUGAAUGGCACUCCUGACUAUAGUGCGGCAUACAUUGUUUUGGGUACCAACUCGGAUUUUGCAGGACACGGCUUCUCAUUCACCAUAGGCAGAGGAAAUGAUCUGGUCUGCGAAGCUGCUCGUACCAUCGCAGGGCGUCUCGUGGGUAAGCGGCUGGCUGAGUUGACAUCUGAUAUGGGCAAGACAUGGCAUUUCCUCGUUUCCGAUUCUCAGCUCCGGUGGGUAGGUCCUGAAAAGGGUGUCACUCACCUAGGUCUGUCUGCCUGUGUCAACGCUUUGUGGGAUCUCUGGGGACGAGCAGAGAGAAAGCCCGUUUGGAAACUCAUAGCCGAUAUGAAGCCAGAGGAGUUUGUGAGGUGCAUUGAUUUCCGCUACAUUGAGGACGCCAUCACCCCGCAAGAGGCAAUCGCUUUGUUAGAAGCGCAAGAAGCGUCAAAGCUACAGCGACUUCGGGAUGCAGAAAACAAUCGGGCGGUGCCUGCAUAUUCGACCGAGGCGGGGUGGUUGGGAUAUUCCGACGACAAGAUGCGGAAGCUAAUGAAAGACCUUCUUGCCGCUGGCCACGACAAGUUCAAACUAAAGGUCGGGAAGGAUCUUGAGGAUGACAAGCGACGGUGCCGAAUCGCCAGAGAAGUUAUGGGCGACGAAAAGACCCUGAUGGUAGAUGCGAACCAGGUCUGGGGAGUAUCCGAGGCCAUACAAUGGAUGCUUCAGUUGGCGGAGUUCAAGCCAGCGUUUAUUGAGGAGCCAACAUCACCAGAUGAUAUUCUUGGGCACGCUGCGGUUCGAAAAGCUCUUAAAGCUCAUGGCAUAGGGGUUGCAACAGGGGAGAUGUGUCACAACCGAGUGAUGUUCAAGCAAUUGCUCCAGGCGGAGGCUAUCGAUGUUUGCCAGAUUGACGCUUGUCGUCUGGGGGGUGUAAACGAGGUCCUGGCUGUUCUUGUGAUGGCGAAAAAAUUUGGAGUCCCUGUUGUACCGCACAGUGGUGGCAUAGGCUUGAAUGAGUAUACGCAGCAUUUGUCUUUGGUGGAUUACCUUUGCGUAUCCGGGGAGCGGAGCAUGCUCGAGAACAUCACCACCUAUAACCACGUGCUCACCACGCCAUUGCAAACGCGUGAUGGCUUUUUCGUGACGCCAUCAGAAUCCGGCUACAGUGUCGAAUUUCGAGAGGCCGCAAUCGCGGAAUACAGCUAUCCAGAGGGCACCUUCUGGUGCUCUAAGGAUGGCUUGUCAAUCAUCGAUGGCGGCCUGAAUUGA